UGGACUUCUGGGAAUGUCCCGGUAGUGUUUAUUGUAUUAUUGGAUUACUCUUACCAUUUGAAAAGAAAACGUUUGCCAACAAGAAUGACAGAAAAAGAACUAACCCCUGAUGAAGUUAUAGACGAGCUAGGAGGAUGUGGACGAUUUCAAUGGCGCAUCAAUGUGAUCGCUCACCUCAUGAAAACCAUAAUCUGCUUUAGUAUAACUGGCCUGAUAUUUAUAUCAGCGACCCCCAAGUGGCGAUGUGUGGACAACAAUGUGUGCACCAAUGACACAUUUAUGAAAUAUUCCAACGAUUCAGACUCCUUUUGCCCUCCUAAAACUUGUACGAUUGGAAACAACUCAUGCCAGAAUAUACAGUUUGAAGACGGGUUGAAAACUAUGGUCACCGAUUUUGAGCUGGUGUGUGAUCGUGACUUCAUACCAAGUACCACCCAGUCGAUUCAGAUAUCGGGAGCGCUUGUGGGAAAUCUUAUUUCCGGCCAGUUAGGAGAGUUAUUUGGCCGCAAACGACCAUUUUUCUUUGCGAUCGUUAUAACUAUGAUAUUCAACGUCGCUGGAUUUUUUGCAAACAACUGGAUUUUAUACGCGGUCUGUAGGUUUUUCAUGGGACUUGGCGAAGGCUUUUUCAUGACAAUUAAAUACGCAUUGCUGAGCGAGUUUUCAUUGGCGAACUGGAGAGCUUGGAUAAUCGGAUUUCCUUCAUGGCCAAUACAAUCCUGCCUGCUUGCAUUAUGUGCGUGGUUGAUAAAGGACUGGCGCUAUUUACAACUCAUGACAGCAGCCCUGGGAAUUCCUUGUCUGGUAGCGUGGUGGUGGAUUCCAGAAAGUUUCAGAUGGCAUGUAGCGCACGACAGACAGGAUGUUGCAGAGGGCAUCAUUCAGCACGUUGCUAAAGUAAACAAAAAGACGCUUACAUCUACAAAGAAUGUUUUACGUAAACCUGAGACAGAGAAAAAGGACAAAAAACAUAGUGUUUUAGACCUGUUUGGCUCGAGAAAGCUGAUUGUCGUAUCUUUACUGUCAGCAUUGAAUUGGGUAGCGUUAGGUCUCGUGUCAUAUGGCAUAUCCUUUGGAAUCCAAUCUUUAUCCGGAAACAUCUUUUUCAACCUCUUCUUGUUUAGUUUGGUCGCAAUCCCAUCAAAAGGGAUAGCAGUGUGGCUUCAAAACAGAUUUGGUCGGCGCCAAACUGCAGUUAUAUGUUUUAUAACGGUGGCUGUGGGAGGUUUUGGCGUCGGAGGGGUCCAAACUGCAGAUGCACCGCACAAGGACAUGUUGACGAAUAUAUUUGCUUUGAUUGCAAAUAUUGGAAUCUCAACAGCAUGGGGCCCUGUACAGACGAUGACUAUUGAAAUGUAUCCCACUGUUAUAAGAACGAUAGGAUUCGGUACGUUGAGUGUGUGUGGACGAGUUGCGGGGAUGGCGGGGCCACAGCUUGUUUAUCUGGACUCCUAUUAUCCAGGAAUCAUGUACCACGUGAUAGGAGCAAUAGGGGUUUUGUGUGCCUUGGGUAGCCUCAAACUACCUGAAACCAUGGAUAAAGACUUGUCAGACAAAAUAGUAAAAGUGAACAAAGUUUCCCCAUCACCCCAACGUAAAAACAUCAUUAGACUGCAAUAGUCCUUCCUACUUUAAAAACAACCUUUGCAAAAAAUAGUUAAGCCUUUGAAUAAAUAAUGAAUGAACCGCAAAGUAUGCUUUUAAACAAUAUCAUAGCAUAGUUGUUAAUAGUGAAUUAUACUUAAAACUACAUAACGAGUGUCACAGGAACUGAAAUUAACAAAUAGUUUAGUUGUUUUACAUUCGAGUUUUCAAGGAUCACAUCAACCGGAAUAAGACAGAUAGUUUAUACGGUACAAAA